AUGAAAGCAAUACUUAUUAGUGCUGUGUCAAUUUUGUUGCUUUUGAGCAUUCUACACAAGUGCACGGGUCGAGCGGGGGAGCUGGUUGGACAACCAUUAAUACAAUUAAGUCACGAUGAUGACUUAGAUGAUGAUUACCCGGAAAUUAAGGAUGAGGUGCAUUUGGAGGAUUUCUUUUGGACAGGCUCGGGCGAUGGACCCCCCGAUUAUCUCAAGAAAGUGCACACGGGCAUUAGCAAGGGAAAGGAUGUGAUAGUCAAGACGGAAACUGUGGUGGCCACCGUCUAUGUAGAUGGCAAUAAUGAAAUUGAAAUACCAAUUUGUCUCGACUGCAAACCCGAUGAUGGAGGCGGCAAUUGGGAUUUGGGUGCACCUGGAAUGCCUCCACUAAAUUACUCCUCAACCGAUCGUCGCUAUUGGUUAUUGACUGUCAUGUCCGGCUUUUACAGUGCCAAGGAUAAUCCAAUGCUUGAAGAGAAAUUGGCGCGACUGUAUCGCUUGGCAUUCACCAGACAACAAACACGCCACCUGGGCAUAAAUGGGGCACAACAAAUUGCUGGCGUUUCAGUUUACACGCCACGUGAACGUCGCCAGCCAGCGUCAGUGUCAGCGUCAACAUCCACAUCCACAUCCACAUCCACAUCCAGGCCAGCAACAAGCACCUCUUGGGCAAACGAUGAUGUGGAAAUACUGGAUAUGGAUGUGGAUAGUGAGCACCAAAUUAAAAGGGUUUGGCAGGCGGGAGAGAGGCCCGAGUGGGAGAGUCACUGGGAAGAGUCGGGCGAGUCGGACGAGACGCCUAGCAGCUCCACUUUACCUACAACAACAAGCAGCGAGUCCAUGGACUACAGCGCAUAUGUUACGCUUAUCCCCUGGGAACUCAUACAGCAGAAUGGCAGGUCGGAGAAGUUGCAGGAAGCUCGUGAAGCGUUGUUAAGUCAACAACAACAACAGCAAGAACAACAACCACCACAACAACUACACAGAGAAAGGGAACAGGAACGGGAACAGGAACAGGAACGACAACAGGCAAUCUAUAGGGAGGAGCGAGUACGAGUUGUCAUACACAACAUCACGCAAAUCAGCGAAUCCGAUGUGCAAAAGUGGAACAAAAGUGGAAACGAUGUCGAUGCAUCUGACGCGUAUGUUAACCUCAAAUUCCAUGAGCGUCCCGUUGCCAAUCAAACCGAACUCAUCUACACGGUGCUGGUGAAUGGUCGUCCCGUAUUGGCCACAACGGCUGCCAAGGAUAUGGAGCUGGUAAGCGAGACCGAGGCGGUCAAUACCUUGGGCAAGGCCAUUUACAUGAAGUCCGAACCUUACAUUAGGGAGCCGACGGCAACUGCCUUGGCGCCAGUUCCAAGGAGCAGCCAUGCGGGAUUCUUUAACUCGGUGAAGAACAAUGUGGCACUUGUGGUAAUCAGCUCGUUGGCCAUCUUUCUAUUGAUGCUGCUGCUCGUAGCGAUUCUUCUGCUGGGACGUACACGUGCACGCCAGCGGGAACUUAGUGCGGUCAACAGAACAUCGUCACGCAAUGAGCUGUUGUCCGAGGGUCAAUCCAUGCGUCCCAGUUCACGGGGCACCUUGCUGGACAGCGCUGUCGGUGGCUCAGAGCAUGUCCAUGGUGGGGAUCAAAGCACCAAUCGCUCCCGCGACGCAGGUGUACGGAACUUGUCGUAUGAGAGACAGCCGCGUAUUAGUUUCCCAGCUCCUCCUGCCGAAGCACAUACUCGAUCUCGUCGUGAUUCAAUCUCCUCGACGGACAACACCUCCGAUUCGUCGGUUUAUUGUCCCAUUAAUCCGCCAAGUGCCGAUGUGCAGCGGAUACUGGACGAGAAGGCAGCCCGUCUCUUUGACGGACACAAGCGACGGCGUCAUCAGUACGAUCGGGCAGAGGGAGGACUUGAGGAUACCAUAUAUGCCUCUGUGGUCUCCGACAAAAAGAGCGACAAGUCUCGGCAUAAGUCCAAGCGUCGCUACCUGAACGAGAAUCGCGUUGGCUCGCUGGAAACGAGUCCUGUACAGGGCUCACUCAAUCAGAGCAACUCGUCCACGGAGGAGGGCAACUCACCGACGUCCAUGCGUCGCAGCUAUGAGAACUUCCAGCGGAACGAGGCCUACAAUCCCCACAACAAUUAUCAUCGCAACAAGCUACUCCAGCAGCAAACAGUAUUUACGGACAAGGAGUUCCACGAGGACGACACCAUUGCGUCUCCUCAAGCCAUCAACAAUGAAAUUAUACGCUCACGAGGCUUACAGCCCUCAGAGAAGUCCUCGGAUACGGCCAGUGUGGGCUCCUUUCUCUCCAUGGCAUCGGUUCGGGCUUUUCCCAAGAGCACACUGCCAGAACCGCUGAAUCGCGUCCUCGAUCCCGUCUUUGUAACCUACUACGACAAUGUUAAUGCCGUGGCGCCUCAGGCAGCGGCCGCGCAGAGCUCGACAAGAUCACUCAAGUCACAGUCGCAGUCACGCAAGUCCCUGGGAAGCAGGGAAAGCACCAUAGCAACAAUAGCCAGCUUUCCCAGUCCGAAGGCUCCGCCUGCCGUAAGGAAUGUGCGUUCCGCGUCGCACAGCGAUAAUCCCGAUCCGGGAUUUGUGGGUCCCGUCGUCUGGAAGAGGCACAAGAAACGACUCGGCAGUGCUGACAACCAGGAGGCCCGGAGCUAUGCUGACUUUAGCCCCAGUCCCAUGCACGAUGCCUCAGCCAUACGCAACCACUACGAGGGCCUACUCGAGGGCGCCAUCCAGAUGUACGCCAGCCAGGAUGAUCUGCCCAUGCCAUUGCCCUCCCGCGACUUCACCAACAAGCGACGCACCACAAAGCGCGAGCAUCGCGGCUCCUCCGCAGGAUUGCCCAGCUAUCCUCCCAAGGCCUACAACACAGCCGAGCGACCUGCCACCGCACAGCCAGAGAAGACUCCGAAAUCGGCGCAGUCCACGCAGCCGCCAUCGCCGACCUACAGCGCCUGGGGAAGCAGCAUGCACGGUUCGCACUCUCCGCUGGUGCGGCCCCUGAGUGCUGGGCACUUUCAAAGACCCGACACCAUAUUGGAGAUCUCAAUGGGAGCCAUCUCUGGGUCUACAGCAAAUACGCCGGGACAUAAUCGAAAGUCUUCGGCAGCAUCGGCCGCACCUCUCAUUGAGGCCAUUCAAAGCGAGCUGCGAAAGUUCAAGACGCAGGAGGAUUAAUCCUCAUCAGAAUGAUUGCAUUUGAAUUUCGUGAAACAAUAAAAAUAAAUACAUACAUAAUACAAUGAUAAAACAAAAAUUGCACCAAAUAUAGAUACUUUUUUCAAUCCAUUGUUAAUGUAAUUUCGAUAUUCAGGCUAAGACAUUGUGAAAUAAAUUCCGAGUAGCAAUACUUUGCAGUUAAACU